CCGUGGCUGGACUCUGACAUCAGUUGAUGUUGGCUUAGGCUUUAGAUGAACUCAGAAUUAUGUAUGUGAUCAUCCAUGAUGUCUGAUUACUGAUUAUCUACAAUCAAUUUGCAGCAUGACCUCUGCAGUGACCCAGCCCUGCAUGGGAAACACCCUUUAUUCCUUGAAAUGGGGAAGCCAUCUAAAAACCUUGUUGGACAGAGAAGCCACACAACAGAAGUUUUAAGAAGAUCAGCAUAGAUGUGGUCACUGAGUUCCCAAAGGGGAGGGACACACUGUCUGUAUAAAGUCAGUCUGUCACUAUCUGAGAUCAGAAGUCACCCUGAGCUACAGAGAUUUUGCCAAGCCCAGAAAAGGCCCUGCAUGAAGAUGAAGAAUCUCUUAGUAUUUGCUGUGCUCUUUGCUUAUGGCGCAGUUACGACACAGGGGAGUCUCUGGGAGCUUCAAAAGAUGAUUAAGCAAGUCACUGGGAAAAAUGCCUUAUGGAAUUAUUCCAAAUACGGCUGCUACUGCGGAUCAGGCGGUAAAGGGAUGCCAAAGGAUGGCACUGAUCAGUGCUGUCAGUUGCAUGACUGCUGCUAUCAUAGGCUCAAGGGUCAUGGAUGUAAUGCCAAAUUGAACACCUACAGCUACUCCUACCUGAGUGGAAGGAUAUACUGCGGCCCUUCUCUCAAACACGCAUCCUGUUACUGUUUGUCAGCAGGCUUGGGGAGCUGGUGCAAAAGGGAGAGCUGCCGGUGUGACAGUGACUUUGUGCUCUGCUUGAAGAAACACGUAAGCAGCUACAAGACAGGUUAUCGCUUCUAUCGAAAGAGCCGCUGUGGAGGUGAGGAACUCAGGUGUUAAAAAGUUGUACGGAUGCUUUACCUGCCAUAUCAAUGUACUCUAUAUUUGCACAAGGUAUAAGCAAUGAAAUGUGAUUGUUUUAUUAUGUCUGUUUAUUACAUACACACAUUUAUAGAUAUACAAUUUUGCAUGGACUAUUUAAUGUAUUUUCAUAAUAUUUUUGCUUGGAUCAUUUUAUAACUUUGAUCCCAUUUAUAUGUAGCAAUAUUUUUUGCUGUAUUUUUUUUAAAAAUUGAAAUAAAAAAACCAAGCAAUCACGUGUCUGAACUGGGAUUGGUGAAUGGAAUGAUUUCAUGAUUUUGUUACUGCUUUUGACAGGAUAGAAAUCUCAAGAACUGCUUGUGAAUAGCCAACAUGAUCCACCGUAAACCAUGUCAUGAAUUAGAGACUUAAUGAGAGGGACUUUAAUUCUACUCUGGUUUAAUUAUGUUAUUAAUCAGGAGUAAGUUUCUGCAAGUCUAUGGAGAUACACUUGUGCCAAAUUGUCCUCUGUUACACCAGGGCAAAUCUGGAGUAAAUUAGAUGAAGUACUUUGUAUUUACAUACAUGUAAAUGGUAGGAGAAUUUAUCCCACUGCAGUAAAAACAGUAAAAUCAGGUCACUUCGUUAGUUGCUUUCUUAUUUACAUAUAUGUUCCCCUUUUGCAAUGCUGGACAGUGUCAUCCUAGCUGAAACUUCCAAUCUUAGCUGCUCUGGUGCCAUAUGGUUUCAUGCCUAGUUUCAAUACAAAUCACAAACUUUUCCAGAGAGGCAUAUUGCCCCACCAUGAAGUUUUGUUUUAGCCAGGUCUUGAAAGAUUUAGAGUAUUUGAGUUAGGCGAGGUUGGAAGGGGGUGGAGAGGUUGCUCAGUAUUAAAAAGCAUGUGAGCUGGAAGAGUAGCAUAAUAACUCACUUGAGAGACUGGGUUUGCCACCAGAUCAUUGGAAAAGAGGGGAAUUCUCUCCCUAGUGCAUAACUGUCCAGCCAUCCAGAGUAUUAUGAAAUUCAGCUGUGUGUGGUAACAGGUUUCCUGGAGAGCAGGAGAUCAGGAUAUAAAAGGUAAGUGGGUGACCAACGCAAUCCAGAAGCUACUCCAGCUGUGGAGACGUUCCCAAGCCCAGUGCAGGUGAGAAUUACUGAUCGUCUUCACUGUCCUUAUUCUUGCAAUAUUUUAUUUAGCUCAGCAGUUCUCAAACUUUAGCAACCUGAUGACCCUCAUUUUGAUUUAAAAAUUUUCAAGGACCCCCC